AUGAAGCACCCUCUUCCAUAUAACAACAAUGAAGCACCUUGGCAACGAAGAUUGGAAGUAGCUAUGCUGCAGCAUUGUGACUUGCAAAUCCACAUUAAUGAUGAGGAAACGUUCCUUUUGGACAAGAAGUUCAUAUCAAAAUACUGUGGAAGAAUAAAGAAAAUCUUGAACCAUGAAAAGAGAGAGUGCCAUGACAAGAACUUGAGCAUUGAAAUCAAUGAUUUCCCUGGGGGUCCAUAUGGUUUUGAGCUGGUUUCAAGAUUCUGUUACAACCAUGGUCAAAUCCCAAUCACUGUAUCCAAUGUGCUUAAUAUCCAUUGCUGUGCCCUUUAUCUUGGAAUGACUGAGGAGUUCUUCAGCAACAAUCUCUUGCAACAAACAGAAACCUUUCUUGAGGGAAUCUAUUAUUGGACAUGGAAUGAAGUACUUGAGAGUCUCAAGAGUUGUGACCUAUUUUAUACAUAUGUAGAUAGCUAUGGUCUCUUAGAGAAGAUAAUUUGUGCACUCUUAGCAAAGAUGGCUCAAAAUUCUGAUGUAAACCUAUUCACUUCCUCAUCUUCAUCAUCCCCAUCUUCUCCUGAAAGCAAUUUUGCCAAGAGAUUCUCUUAUUCAACUCAAGUUACUCCCAAGAUAAUAGAGUCAACAUUGCCAAGCAAAGCAUGGUGGUUUGAGGAUUUGGCUUCUUUACCCCCAAAGAUCAUAGAGAAGUUUCUCCAGUGUAUUGGAGCUUACAGAACAGAUAACAACAACUUUGUUCUCACAAGAUUUCUUCUUCACUAUCUAAGAAAAGUGACUCUAGCAAGUGAGGUUAAUUGCAAAAGCAGUAUUGAGUAUUCCGGUCUUGCAGAAUCAGCUGCUUAUGGGGUCAUAUUUAUUGGUAACAAGACAUUUUCUUGCAAAAGCCUUUUCUGGGUACUAUGGAUUGUAUCAAGAUUUGGGAUGAGUAGAGAUUGUAGAUAUGAAAUUGAGAAAUUGAUUGGUGGGGUGUUUGAGCAAGCAACAUUGGAUGAUCUACUAGUCUCUGGGCAUCAUUUGGGACUAUAUUAUGAUGUAACCUUUGUGAUAAGGUUGAUUAAGCAAUUUGUUAAUAUGAAUGACACUGAUGGAGUGUCUGUACAGAAACUGAAAAAAGUUGGUAGAUUAAUUGACAAGUAUUUGGCAGAGAUAUCCCCAGAUCAGAACCUCAAGAUCUCUAAAUUUCGUGCAGUUGCAGAAUGUUUGCCUGAUUGUGCUAGGGAUUGCUUUGAUGGGGUCUACAAAGCCAUUGGCAUCUAUCUUCAGUCACAUGCAAUGCUUGCAUUUGAGGAGAGGUCAAGAUUGUGUGGAUGUCUUAAUUACAAUAAGCUAAGCUUUGAAGCUUGCAAAGAUCUAGCCAAAAACCCCAGAAUACCCCCAAGGAUUGCAAUGCAGGCUCUUAUUUCUCAACAAACAAAAAUUCCAUUAAGUGACUUAGCAUAUGAUGGAAGUGAAAUUAUGAACCCUUCCCAAAUCAGUUUGUACUAUGACAAUACAGAUAGCUUCUUGCAAGAGAAAGAAGAUAUGAAAAUAAACCUCAAGAGAAUGCAAAUGAGAGUGAGAGAAUUGGAGAAAUUGUGCAAGGAAAUGAAGGUUCAAAUGCCAAGGUUUCACUAG